AUGCUGGUGAAUCCCGCUGUGCACCCGCCGCUGCAGACUCAGCUGCCGCCUAAUGGCAUCGCUAAGGUAGAAAAGGCGUCCUGGGCUGUCGAAGCGGCCGCCAAGAAGGCUGCACAGAGCGCACUCAUACCCUCCGCCUGGAGACUGCCCUCGACCCUCCUCGACACGCUUCCCCUCGACGUCCGGCCAGUCGUGGCGGCUUGCGGCCUGCUCACAGCGAGACAAGUGACCAUCACUGAGAUCGACGAGGCGAGCGUAAUCCUCACGCGCCUUCGGAACGGCGAGUACUCGGCUGUCGAGGUUGCAGAGGCGUUCUGCCUGCGAGCAGCCAUCGCCCACCAGCUCACCAACUGCCUCACCGAAAUCCUCUUCGACGCGGCACUCGCACGCGCAAAGCAGCUUGACGAGCAUCUCGCGCUUACUGGCGAGCCUGUCGGUCCCCUUCACGGCCUUCCGAUCUCGCUCAAGGAUCAGUUCGACAUCGCGAACGUCGACUCGACCAUGGGCUUCACUGCCCUCAUUGGGCGGCCAGCGCAGCGAAACAGCGUUCUCGUCGACCUCCUGGAAAGGCUAGGCGCUAUCAUCUUCUGCAAGACCAACGUUCCGCAGACUCUCAUGGCCGCAGAGACGAACAACAACGUCUUCGGGCGCACGGUGAAUCCGAGGAACCGAAACUUGACGAGCGGAGGAUCGUCCGGCGGAGAAGGCGCUCUCCUCGCUCUCAAGGGCAGCAUCCUGGGCGUCGGGACAGACUAUGGCGGCUCGAUUCGCGUCCCCUCGCACUGCUGCGGCCUCUACGGUCUCCGCCCAACAACCCGCCGCCUCCCCUACGCCGGCGUGACGAACGUCAUGAAGGGCUACGAAGGGAUGGAGUCGACUAUCGGGCCGAUGGCGAGGUCGAUCGACUCGCUGGAGGUCUUUAUGCGGGCUGUUGUUGGGGCGGAACCGUGGUUGUUUGAUGCGAAGACGGUCGAGCGGCCAUGGAGACGUUCGACUCUCGAGCUGACUAAGAAGCUGCACAUCGCUUUCGCGCUCGACAACGGUCUCGUCCACUCGCAUCCUCCGAUCCGUCGCGCCAUUAACGAGACCGUCGCUGCACUUGCACGUGCUGGACACCAAGUCACGCCUCUGCAAGGUAUUGACUGGCGCGAAGCGAGGGACCUCGUCGGGCUUAUCUCCGGCGCAGAUGGUGGCGCCGACUUGCGCUCUUUCCUCUCGUCGGGCGAACCCGUCAUUUCCGAAGCCUUCCCCUUCGCCGCCUCCACCUCCCUCACAGUCCACGAGCUCUCCCAGCUGAUGCAGCGGCGAGACGCCUUCCGCCAGGACUUUCUCCGACUGUGGCGCGAGUCGGCGAAGAUGAGCGACGAGGGAAGGCCCUUUGAUUUGGUCGUUUGUCCGGUUACGACGCAUCUUGCUUGGCCGCAUCUGGGUCGACCGCAAGACUCGGAACUGAUCACCUGGACGACGACCUGGUCACUCCUUGACCUCCCCGCCUGUACCGUCCCCGUCGGCGAGCUCGACCCGCUGAAGGACGCGCCGUAUCCCCCGCCCGAGGCGUUCUUCUCCCAGCAAGACCAGCGUCACUGGGACUCCUAUGCGCCCGAAACGUUCGAGAACGCCCCGCUCGUCGUACAGCUCGUCAACCCGCGCAGGUUCAGGGAGGACGAGUUGUUGGCUAUGGCGAGAGUUGUUGAGGAGGCUGUUUGCGGUGGACAGGGUGAGGAGCAGUAG